AGAUUGUCUUAAGAUACAGAUUGAGGAGAAAGAGAGAUACAGAGAGAGAGAGAGAGAGAGAGAGAGAGAGAUGUCGAGCAGCGAAGACAGAAGUGGUGAGGCUGGGGUGGAGCUGCUGCCAUCUGCGGUACUCGCUACCAUAAUGACGAACCUCGAUUUGGGCUCGAUCUGCUCGAUGGCGUCCACGUGCAAGACCUGCAAGGCCUGCGCUUCUCACAUCCUCUCUUUUCUCCCCAACUUUAAUCUCCUUGACAUUGCGCUGACUACAGAUUUGUUGAGGCCUUUGUUACCGCCAAAUCCUCAUCUCAGGAGCUUGAAGGUUGAUUGCAGUCGGCUGGACGAUUCUUCCAUUGAUCUUCUAAUACGGCCUUCUUUGCAUGAGCUUAGGCUUCGAAAUUGCAUGGAUUUCAGUGGGAAGCUGCUGUCUGAAAUCGGACGACGAUGCAGUGAUCUGAGGUCUCUCUGCCUGGGAUCAGUAGCUGAGAAAAGAGGAAGGAUUAUUGAUAUAUCUGAUCUGGAGGAGUUAAUCAGUCGUUGCACUCAGUUAGAAGCACUAGUAUUGAUGUUUGAUUUCUCAUUAUUUGAUGCUCAUCUUUCUGCGCAAGUUUGGGCACUGGCUUCAGAUAAACUCACUUCCCUUGAGAUUGGCCAUGUUUCUUCAAUAGCAGUGACUGAAAUGCUAAGCCCAGAUGUAGGAUCUAUUCGAACAACAUCCACUCUGCCAUGCCUUCGGAAGUUGUUUAUUUCAGUAGACUAUAUUACUGAUGCUAUGGUUGGUACAAUAUCAGAGGUUCUUAUCUCCUUGACGCACUUGGAUCUUAGAGAUGCUCCUUCCAUGGAACCACCAGUUGCAUUUGACCUCACUAAUGCUGGUGUCAGGCAGAUUAAUCGGCAUGGAAACCUGAAACACCUUUCAUUAGUGCGGAGCCAGGAGUUCCAGGAGUUCCUUAAUGCCCCUACCUAUUUCAACCAUGUUAAUGAUCUUGGUUUCCUCCUAAUGGCUGACAAAUGUGUCAACUUGGAGAGUAUAUGUCUUGGUGGCUUUUGCCGUGUUACUGAUACGGGGUUCAAAACGUUGUUACAUUCUUGCUCUAAAUUAUACAAGUUUAGGGUGUUCCAGGGAAUCCAAUUAACUGAUCUAGUGUUUCAUGAUAUCUCUGCAACUUCGCUUUCUUUAACUCACGUGAGUUUGAGAUGUUGCCGUCUUAUGAGCAACCAUGCAAUUGCCAAUUUGGUAUCCAACAUGGAUUUGAAAGUUCUGGACUUGAGAGCAUGCAAAAACCUUGGUGAUGAAGCCCUCCGAGCCAUUGGUGUUCUUCCAAACUUGAAGAUUUUGCGACUGGAUGGCACGGAUGUAAGUGAUAUGGGCUUGUCCUCCUUAAGAGGGGGAGUUAUAAGUUCAUUGGUUUCCUUGUCACUCAGAGGCUGCAAAAGACUUACAGAUAGAUGCAUCGCUGCAUUAUUUGAUGGAUCUUCUGAAUUGGGGUUGCAAGAAUUAGACCUAUCCAAUCUACCUAAUCUGUCUGAUGAUGGAAUUCUGUCGUUAGCAAGAUGCCGUGUUCCAAUUACGACUCUCCGACUGCGAAGGUGUCGACUCAUAGGUGACGUUUCAGUGAUGGCAUUGGCCUCGAUGCAGAUUGAUGAAGGCAGUUGGCAUGGUAGCAGCUUGAGAUUGUUGGAUCUCUAUGAAAGUCGUGGUAUUACACAACUAUCAUUCCGGUGGCUAAAGAAGCCUUACUUUCCAAGACUAAGAUGGUUGGGAGUUACAGGAAGCACAAAUAGAGAUAUUGUAGAUGCUUUAGCUAGAAAUAGACCAUUCUUGCAUGUAGCAUGCCAUGGUGAGGAGUUGGGAGCUGACAUAUUGGAUCAGUCAGAUGUUAUGAGCAGGCAUGAUCAUUUUGAAAAUGAUGAACUUGAGCAGUGGAUUCUUGAUGGAUGGAAUUAUAGUGAUGAUGAGGAGGUUGUUGUGAAUGCUGAGAACUACGGAGAAUUUAUGGACGAAUAACUUGCAAGACACUUGUUUUCUUAAAAGUUCGGGUGAUAUAUUACUCAUAACAAUGUCGCAUACGAGAACAUGCAUACCGGUGAAAUCAAACUGCAUUGGCAUAUAGUUAUAGAUUUUUUCAGUCUUGUCUGUUCCACCACCUUUUCUUGCUUCACUGGACAGAGACAUUAUUGGUUUAAAGCACGAAGAUAGUGUCAGUGGAAGCAGCAAGAUCAGAGUUGUGUAUGUAAGGUUUCAGCAUCUAGUGAUCCUUAACCAUGGCUUGUCUUAGGGUUCUGUUGCUUCAUUUGAUAUGGUAUUUCUGGGUUAUCGUUGUUGAUUUCUUAUUGCAUCUGAUGAUCCUUUUAUAUUGUUUGAAUUGCAGAAAUGCAACACACUAUGUUAAUGCAGAAAUCUGUAUUUUUAUUUU